ACUUCCCGCCUUGCCGCUGUACUUCCGCGAAGUUGUAGUGUAAUUCUUUCGCAUUCAACUCCCAAGCUUCUUGUAUCCUACUUUUGUCCUACAUUAUUCAAACCAAUUUCCUUUCAUUCGCUUCUCUUUUUUUAUGCUUUUCCCUUUCACCUAAGUCGUCCAUUAGGUCAUUGUUUUCACUUCCUUGUUGUUUUUAUUAUACCACUUAAAGUAAAUGUGCAUUACUGCAUUACUGCAUCACUGCGUAAUCCCGCCGCUCCUUUGAACACGUCGCAUACCCACCUGUCGCGCAUAUCACCAAUGGCCAUCGGCCUAACUUAAGUCUAUCUCUGAGACCAAUCCACCUUAGCUACGUUGCUUGAUAUUUCCUGCGGGUAGCCGAAGAAGCUGAGACUUCCCUUUCGAAAACCUGCCGGCUCUCUGGAAUCGCAGUGACCGGUCCAGGUGUUUCCCCCUACUUCGUAUUACCAACAGGAACUUGCGGGAAGGCGGCAAGGCGAACAAGGUCUUUAGCUGUAAAACUCUGGGGGAAGAAGGAGAUGAAAGUUUACAAACGACAAACUCAAUUACCAACUCCUCCCGUCAUGGAGGACCGAAUUUAACUGUUCCGCAUCUACGCCUAUCCGUAUCGACAGGUCAUAUUUGAGCUGGAAAUGCCGGUUCGAAAAGUUGUACCGCGCACAGAAUCCCGGAUACUAACCCACAGCAAUCAGACAUGGCCGACCAGCGAGUAUAUACGCCUUCCGGCUCACGGGGCGCCGUUCGACGACACUUUCGCUCGAGCUCCCAGUCGCAGUCCCAUUCGCCAACCCACAAUUCGCUUCGUCCCAGUGACGACUUGCUUUCCCAGCUUACACCCCUCGCGGCAGUCGAUGCCCUUCAGUCUCCUACAGGAGCUUUAAAACAAUGUAUGGACAGAGCCUCGGCCUCCGAGCAAGCCUUUGCGAUGAGAACGGCGACCGCCUCCCAGAAGAUACGCGAGUGGUACGAUGAGCUCUCUAGCUGGCCUUGGCCUAAGGAUAGCUCUUCCGCCGGUUUUAAGAUGCCAUCUGGUAAGAGAAAGGACCCGUCCGACCCGAAGACGCCAGGAGAUGAUUCCAACGACGAGUUGGCGGAAUCUGGCUUGCUUUUUGAUGGAGGUUACCUUGGUAGUCUACCUGCCGCCGACGUAGACCGAUACGAGAAACGAGUCGAAAGGAUACGACGGGACUUAGACGAGUUAGAUCUGGAGGAGAUUAAGAAUCAAGUUUUACAUAACCAUAUCAUGCCGCUUUCACGACCUGGCACUCCUCUGUUCGAAGGCGACCGCUCUCUCACGUCCACUCUUAUGUUCUCGAAGAUGGAAGAUUUGACUGCGGUUGUUACCGCAAUCACCAUACAGGCCCUGCCUUGCCUAUCCAGACUGUCAAGGCUAUUGAACAUGUGGGCCGUGCGGUUUGUCGUCCUGCGGAAAGUACCGUCUUUGCAUUUCAUGAUGGCGGAUGCCAAGAUGGCUUUGCGUUCUGGCUGGAGCGCCAUCGAGUCGGCUGAGUCAGGUCCUGCAAGUUCGACCGGACACGAUAACUUAAAAAAGAAGCCCCGACGACUCACUAGAAAUGAGUUUGAGAUCAUAAAGGGCGUCAUACAGAAGAAGAUAAUGAAACCAGGCCAAGUCCUAGACUCCAUGCUUGAUUCUCUAGAAGGAUCAACGGAUACCUUACCGGAUGAGUGGUUGGAUCGCAUGGAAGCAAUUGAAAAAGAUUAUGCUUCGUGGGAAACAACUGCUGAACGAAAAGUUCGGGAGAACGAGACACCUGGCUCAUUUAAGGGAUCUCCAGCGCACGGGUCUCGUAUGGGACCCGAAACUCCCCGACCGAAGAUCAAGGUCCAUGGCCCAAGUCCGACUAGGCUAGAGGAAUCUGAUGUCAGCCAGUUUGCCUCACCUCCGAUGCCAUUCGAUCCCUCUCCGGCAAUUAGGCCUGGACGAAGGCCGAGCUUACCCAACCCCGAGCCAUCGAGAAGAAGAUCUACGAUUUCUUCCCGAAAGGACGGUGGGGUGAGACUCUUGACCGAGGAACGAAGUAAAAUCAUCCGGAGGUCGGCUUCGCAAACCUUUGAUCCAACAAGACAUGUAACAUCUCGGCGUGAUAUCGACUCGGGAAGUAUGAUCAGGGGGCAGAGCUUCAGUUACGACGGUUCUCACGAAAGACGGCCUCCAAAGAUCGCAACGGCCAAGUCGACCGGUGCGCUGCCCAAUACUGCACGUCUUCCUCAGGGCAGACAACCUCGAGGUCAAGCACAAGAUAAAUUUAAAAAUAGGCAGGGAGCAGGGAGCAGUCAAACUAAUCCUGUGCUAGGUGAAGUUAAUCGCAACAUCAUUCGCAGCCACUCCCAGGAACCCAACAAGCCCAAUGCAACUAUCGGGGGUGGAGCAACUUUACUUGAUGAAGAUGAUCUUGAAUUCUUGGAGCCUUCGGUUCUAGAAGCAGUGGAUGAGGAACGAGAAGAGCCCGAUUUGCCCCCAGCUCGGUUCGAAGAACGGAAGGGCAGCAUGGGGUCUGUCGCUUCUACUGUCAUACAUGGUUCCCCCAGCGGUGGCGUCUUUCUAGGUCACUCUGAUAAUGGGUCCUUCAGAGAGGGAUCUAUGGAGCCAGAUCUACCACGUUUACCGGACCCUGAUGAGCCAUUCUCGAGUGAUGGUAUGAGUCCACCUAGCUCACCACCCUUGCGCUACAAGACUCGGUCUACCUCUGUUACUUUUAAGGAUGUUCCUGAGGUCGCUCACUUGCCACAAUUCAGUAGCACUCCACCCCGGAGCCCCAUCGAGCCAUCUGGAAUCAUAGAUGGUGAUGGCUCGUUUGAAUACGAUAGUCAGUCCGGUAGUCCAGGCCGUACGAGCACAUUCAGCUCUCUCAGCGAGGACGAACACCUUCAGCAACAGAUUAGCGAUAUCCUCCAGUCUAUCCCGGCUAAGAUCCGUCUUAAGAGGACACCCGGCGUCAAUCUGAAUCCGCCCGACUUUCAGUACCCCUCACGGCCUAAACCCAAAACCUCGGACGGUACACGCCGAAGCAACUCUGGACUGUCCUCACGUGGUGAAACUCCAUCCUUCUCUCGUAGUGGAACUCCUUCGUUCAUGUUAACUCCAGCGAGAGAACCUCGCCCAAGGUCAAAAAGCAGCCAGGGAAUUAGAGUUUACCACCUGUCGCGAUCCACCGGCGAGCCUCCGCUCAAGCUACUAGUCCGUAGUGUCGGAGAGAAUGGGGAAAGAGUUAUGGUUCGAAUCGGUGGCGGCUGGGCUGAUCUGGGCGAAUACCUUCGGGAGUACGCAAUACAUCAUGGCUCACGAUCUAGAGGCGAAAGCAAGGUAGAUAUCAAGGAUCUACCAACUGCACCCCCUGCCACAGGGUCAAGUCCAGCAAGCCGACCUAGUUCUUCUAUGGGUUCUCCGGUUUCACCCCUUGCAAUCCGCAAGACUAGAAGGAGCGUGGGUUCUGAAGGGGCCCCAUUAAAAUUCCCAAAUACACCUUUCGCUAGUCUUCCAAAUGAUGCAGAAACUCCGGCUUCAGAAAUAUCAAAUAGGUCGCGCUCCUCGUCGCAUAUGGAAUGGGAUGAGGAGGAUAGCGCUCUAGGUCUGGCGGGUCCGAAAGGGAGACGCGUAGAUAUGAGUGACGAAAGCCGAGCUUGGGUCGAGAGUGUGAAGGAGAAGGUCCGCAUCGCUAGUAACGAUCGCGUACCGCCUCCAGAGCAACGAAUAGAUACGAAGUUCGGCGAGAUAAGCAAAGUCGGGGGUACUAAACGGUUGUUCAGGAAGCACUAGGGAUAUCUCUACGACCCGUAACGUACUUUGAUCUCAAACGGAGUUGCGUUAGGGGAGUAAAUCAUGGAGUUGGAAUUGCUCUGGGGAAGGGGAAAAGGAGAGGAAUAGGAAUAUUCCGUGAGAAUAAACCCGGGAAUGAGGAUUCGGUUCGGUUAGCAUUCCAGGCCGGUGUUGAACGGUUCUUGUGAGCAGGCGGCCCUGCGGUUCGGGCCGCCACUACUGUGCACUUUCACACACAUAUAAGUUUCUUUUUGUUGUCAAGCAUUUAUCUAUUGCUGAACCAAUACCCCCUCUUUUCUUGACAAUCAUUUGGCACUCGAAGGAGUGUUAGGACAUUCGUCCGUUUACAGACAGCACUUUAAAUGCGUAAAAGCAAGUAAAUACUACAUUCAUAUUGAA